AUACCUGACAGUGACAGCCGACAGUGCUUAUUUUUUUUAUCUAUUUUUAAUUAAUAAUAAUAUAAAAUUAUAAAUAUUUAUUUUACAAACUAUUCACAUUUGUAUGAAAUAAAUCCGUAUUCUUUUUGUUUGAUGAAUAAAUAGUUUAAAUAAUUGUAAAUAAUUUUAGUUUUAAUUUAGACACAAUAAAAUAAUGGAUAUAAAAACAUUCGCUGAACCUGAUUUCGAUCCGAAAAAAUGGAUAAACAGAGCGUGGAGUUCGAGCGGCAAUCAAGAAAAAGAGGUGUUUGUGACCAAUACUGUGUCUCGGCUGCAGCUCUAUAUGAAACAGUUGACGAACUCCUUAGAUGAAACUACCACACAGAUAUUAACAUCAAUACCUCGGGUCCUGCAAGACGCGUCGUCCCUCCAACUGGAGGGCGCGCUGCUGCAGCAGAAGCUGCUGUCCCUGGAACAGAAGGUCCAGGAUGUUGAGGAGCAGACUGGCAACUCCAUUGAGAGUUUGCAGAGGAUUGACCACCUUAAAAGCAGAUUGGAGAAUGCAGCCUCGGCGCUUCGCGAGGCGGACAAGUGGGCGGCGCUUGCAACCGCCCUGGAAGAAGUACUGGAGGCGGGCGUGCCCACCCAGAACGACAAGCUGAUCGAGUUGGCGGGACAGGUCGCUGCCAUGACCGCCAGUCUUGAGGUACUGAGCGAGGCGCCGGAUUACGAGAGUAAGCGUCUUCAGCUGGAGGCCCUGUAUAACAGGCUAGAGGCGGCCAUCAGUCCACCGCUCAUUGACGCCCUCACACAGAUGGACGCUGAGCGCACUGCCGUGUACAUGUCUGUGUUCGCGGGCAUGUGCCGCGCGGUGUCGGUGUGCCGCUGCUGGCGCCGCGCCGCCGCUCACCGGCUGCUGGCCGCCUGGCGCCGCCUCGCGCCGUCCGCGCCGUCCGCGCCGUCCGCGCCGUCCGCGCCGCCCGCGCCGCCUGCCCUCGCGCGCCUCCUCGCCGCCGACGCUCCGCAACAGGUGGAAUGGUUGACCAACGUACUGAAAGUCGAAACCCCAGUUGGAGAGCUACUCAGGCUGUACACAGAUGUUCUACUUUCCCUGGAGCCGUCUCCAACACAGGUGGUGUCAGCAAAUUUGAAAUUGUGCUCAACACCUGACGAAGGCAUCAUAAUAUUGACGGAUUUGAGGAGGGAAAUCGACGAGUUCAUAGCGUGUAUGCGGGGGAUCGUAGACGCGCCCAGGCAAAAUAAAGAGGUAGUGGUGGCGGCGACAGCUCGGGAAUUAGGCCGCGCGGCGUACGCACCCCUACGCGAGCUGCUGCCCCGGUACUCCGAGAUGCAGGCUGCCCUGCUGCGUCAGCAUCUCGACGAUAAGCAGCUACAGGACACGGAGAAUCUUGUAGAACAUUCAAGAGCGAUUCUCACGGUCGCCGAACGGUGCGAAGGGUGGUUGGAGACAGCAUUUAGCAAGGCCAAGAAGAUCGCCGGCAUCGCUAUAUAUCCAUACUACGUGCCUGCUAUUGAGAACUUCAUAUCCGCAAUCACCACUAUGAUCUUCGCUCACUGUCGCCGUAUCGAAACGGCGUUCUUGUCAACUGUAUCGGCUGGCGAGACAGCGGGCGUGUUGUCCAACACAUUCCCAGCGUCUCUGGUGCUCGAGUCAGCAGUUGCUGUACUGCUGGACACACUAGCAGCGCGACAGAAGAUAGAGUUGGAAGAAGAAGAGCCUAAGGAUGAACACCAGCUGUCCGACCUUCCGUCUCUGGUGCUAGAGCCGGACAGCCGGCAGCAGCUCGCGACCCUGCGGUCACAGCCGCAGUCGUCGGCUGAGUUGUGGCGCGCCAAGGAACAGCUCCGGACGCUGGCCAGGGCGAUAUUGAGGAACCCCAUUGACGUGUUACUAGACGAGAUCCCUCAACUGGCUGCGUGGAACAACAACGACGCUCUCUCCACGGACCUGCCAGAUUUCUCCUUAUCGCCUCAGGAGUACAUUACGAAGAUCGGACAAUAUCUGAUGACGCUGCCCCAUCAUUUGGAGAUGCACCUGUCGGAGAAACAGGCUCCGUGGCAGUUCCUUUCUGAGGUAUGCAUCCACACAUGCGACAAGUACGCUGAGAAGGUGCUCAAUAUACGAAACAUGGACGCGCUUGGAACGAAACGGUGCCUCACUGAUAUCGUGUACUUAUCCAGUGUGGUGGAAGAUCUUGGAACCAAUGUCACGCCAUCACUCAAAAACUUGGAGAAGUCACUGCGAGCCGCUGCGCCGACGAACGAGUGAUAAAACUUUGUAUUACUUACUUUAUUAAAAAAAUAUAUAUAAAUCAGUUGAAAUAAAAAUACAUUCCUAUAAAAAAA